AUGACCGCGUCCACGAUGCGCGCCCGCAGGCACAAGGUCUUUCGCUCCGUCUUCCAGGCCGAUGUAUCCCAGCCCACGCCUCUGCUCGCCUCGUCAGCACCUGGAGAGGCCUUUGGCGGCCCGCCAGCUCACGCUCACGCACCACCGCCGGUGCCUCUCCCUCCCAUCAGCGAUCAGGUUCGCUGGGAUCGCGCCUGGCACGUCGUCACCUCCCGUAUCCAGCUCCCAUCCUCGGUCGCCGUCGAGGACUCCUUCGGUACCCUUGCCCCAGAGUCCCAGGACUUUGACGGGGCCUUCCACGACUCCCUCGCCCUGCUGCUGAACCCUGGCACCACCGCUCCAAGUGCUGCGCACACCGAAGACAUUCUCCUCUGGCACACGCAGCAGGUGCGCCAGCAUUUUGUGCACCAUGUCCUGCCUCUUCUAGCUGCUUGCUGUGCCCAGGCCGGCAACCAGCAGAUCCUCCUCGGCAGCAUACAGACCCUCGAGGCUGCCCACCGUCAGUACCUCUAUGGGCUGACACUCAUAGUCCGAGGCAUCGACGAUGACGCCGCCCGUGCCGCCGCUGUGGCCAAAUUUAGACGCGAUCUUCACGCCAUUAUUGGAAACUCGUGGGCUCCGGGUCUGACAAAUGCGUUACGCAGCGUGCUGUACCGCCUCCUAGCCAGCAUACUGCACGUCGGCGGGCUGCAAUCAGGUUCUAAGCCAGCCCCUACCGAAGAUGUCCGCCGUUCGGCCGUUGCCCGCGAGGAGCUGCUAGGCCUCCUGGAGUCCCUCAAGACGGUUGGCCUGGCGGGGGACAAAUUUCAUGUUCUGAUCGCCGAAGUCAUGGACAUCUGCAUGCGGGACUUUGUCCAUCAAACAUACUCGCGGGUCUGGACAGCCCGAGAGCCGUCACAGAGCCCAGAUGGACCAGCGGUAUCUGGUUGCCUGGAGCAUCUGCGCGACUGGGUCGAGCGUUGCUACGGCCGGCUGGCCGUUGAGGUCUUCGGCCGUAUAGGUGGCCAUGUCUCAUGGGACGACGUGAGCCAAUGGAGAGAGGUUGCAAUCGGACGGCUGGCGACCUUGCGCAUAGAGGAGCUCUUUGACAUUGUCCUCCACUGGCCUGACAGCAAAGGCGGCCUGGAUGACCUGCGCUCUGCGGUAGCUACCCCUCAACGGCGUCUGCAACUGACGGACACCUUCUCUGCGACGCUUCAAAAGCGCUUGCUGCAUCCUGGACGUUCCACGUUGGAGAUACUGCAGACAUACAUCUCGAUGAUUCGGACAUUUCAUGCCUUGGAUGCUUCGAAGGUCUUGCUCGACAGGGUGGUACACGCGUUGCAGCUCUACUUGUGCCAGAGAGACGACGCCAUCCGUAUCGUCGUCACAGGCUUGCUCUCCAACCCCAGCGCCGCAAACACCGACGAGGGCAAGCGCAGGCUCGUCGAGCUGGCAGUGAUGCUCAAUGACGCGUCGCAGCAGCAGCGGACUCAUAGCGACGACUAUGAACUCGACUGGAACGACAUGUCGUGGGUGCCCGAUCCUGUCGACGCUGGCGUCAACUACAAGCGACCCAAGAACGAAGACGUCAUUGGCACGCUCAUCAACGCCCUCGGGUCACAGGACAUCUUUAUUAAGGAGUUCCAGCUCAUCAUUGCCGAGCGUUUACUGUCGAGUCAGGCCGGCUUUCAACAGGAAAUCAAGGUGCUUGGCCUGCUGAAGAAGAGAUAUGGCGAGAAUGCUCUGCAAAACUGCGACGUCAUGAUCAAAGACAUACACGACUCCAGACGCGUCGAUGCCACGCUGCGCAAAGGCCUCCGGACCGGAGAUGGCGCGAAGGAAGGCCUGCCAACGUAUCAUUCCAAGAUUCUCUCUCGGCUGUUCUGGCCCAGCCUCCCGAAGGAAGGGUUCCAAGUGCCCCCUCCAAUUGCUGCGAUCCAGGAACGCUAUGAAGCCGGGUUCGAGCAGCUCAAGUCAUCCCGCAAGCUGAGCUGGCUGGACCAUCUCGGGUCAGCUACCGUGCAGCUGGAUCUGGAAGACCGUUCCGUGGAGCUCGAGUGCAAGACCUACGAGGCCGCCGUCAUAUAUGCGUUCCAGGACGACGGAUCGGGCCCGCCAGGUCCCCAACAGCGCACGUUCAACGACAUAUGGGAGAAGCUCAUGAUUGACGAGGACCUGCUGGAGCUCGCCCUCAAGUUUUGGGUGUCGAAGAAGGUACUGCGCGAUGUCGGGAACCAGACGUAUGCGGUCGUUGAACGGCUUGACGACAGUGGCAACGCGGCGACGAGACACGAAGGCGAUGAAGUAGCCGCGCACAGCGAUGACGAGGACAACCAACCGUCCCCACGCAAGGGCAAGGCGAUAGACCCCAAGGAGCAGGAACGCCGCACCGUCUAUUGGCAAUUCAUCGUUGGCAUGCUGACCAACUCGAGUCCGGCGAUGCCGCUGGGGCAGAUUUCCAUGAUGAUGAAGAUGCUCAUCGCCGAUGGCUGCCCUUGGAGCAACGAAGAGCUGCAGGAAUUCCUCGGCGAGAAGGUAGCCGCGGGCGUGCUAGAGCUGGCCGGCGGCAAGUACAAGCUGCCCAAGAAAUGA